AGUGAUAUAUGAAGUUUAUCGGUGGUUAGUUGACAUAUCAGUUAAAGAAUGUUAUAUCAAUAUCGCUAAAUAAUUAGAGUUUUGUAAAAUUUAUUAUCAGAAAAGUGAUUUUUAUCAACUAUUUAAUACUGGUCAAUGUAAUUAGAGAAUAAAACGUUACCUUUUUAUUUAAAUUGAUAUUCAUUGAAUUGCGUCAAAAUGACUUCAUCAAUCAACAAUUCUGUCGAAUAUAUUUAGUUGUGUAUUAUAAUUCUACAAUUGAUUGUCGUUCAUCACAAAAAUAGAUAUUCUUUCUUCGUUAUUAUGGAAGUGCUGAAAUAUUCAUGGAAAAAAUAUUUAUUUGUAUAUAAAAAUCAUCUAAAUUUAUUAUUUCAAAGUCAUGCUCCAAAUUUGAUAAGCACUCAUGCAGCUUAUUUUUCAAACAAUAAUAAACCUUCAUCAUCUCCGUCAUCGAAUACUCAUCAAACAUGUGUGAAUGAUCAUACUUCAAAUGCCAUGGAUACCACUGAUGAACUUUCUUCAUUCAUCGGUUUAGCAGGAGAAUUCGCAUGUGAAACUACUGCUCAACAUCCAUAUAUUGACAAACUUAAAAGAGUACAAACGAUUUUAUUUGAAAUCAGAAAUGCAAUAUCUAAAUCCAGUGCAAAUAAAAGAAAUAGUUUUGAAAAUAAACAUACUAAAGAUUUAGAAGAAUGGAUUUUAGAAUACGCUAAUCAAUUACCACCUCCAGAAGACUAUAUUAUUCCUGGGGGCGGUAAAGCAUCAGCAUCACUUCAUGUUGCUCGGGCGAUUUGUAAACGUGCAGAAAAAAGUCUUAUUCCAUUAAUACAUCAAGGAUUGCUUGAUGAAGAGACUCAAAGAUAUCUAAACCGACUAGCAGAAUUUUUAUUUACUGUUUCUCGAAUUGCUGCAAAAUGUGACCAACGUACUGAAAGCAUUUAUAUUCCACGAGCAGAUAAUAAAUAACAAACUGUAAUUAUCCACGUGAGGAGAGUUUAAUUCAAGAAUUUUUGGAUAAAUGAAUAUUCUCUACAUCAAUUAAACAUUUUAAAUGUUGAAUAUUUGAAACAACAACUAAUCUAUAGAGUCAAUAAUUAAUUAUAGGCUUAUCAGACUAAGGAUAAUGGGUUCAUUCACAGUUCCUUAUCUUUUAGUCAAUGAUUGAUACAUUUUUCAAUCUUACGUGUUAUCAUUAGUUUCAAUUACUAUUUAUGUAAAAUGAAACAUUGAAAUUUUUUAUUAAAUGUUUUGUAAACAUGCUUUUUUAUU